GAUUUUUUUGCCGAGCCUGAUAUCGUUACUUAAAAAUGUUGGGCCGAAAGAAGGGUGGCUUGCAGAGCAAGUCACGAAGGAUGGCGAAGAAGGGACAGCCGGCAGCACUUCAAGCCGACGUAACAAAUGACGAUGAAUGGAACAAAAUUGUCGAGCGUCCUGGGCUCGUUGUUGUCGACGUAUAUUCCGACUGGAGCGGUCCGUGCACCGGUAUGGUGAGCAUACUGAAAAAAAUCAAAAUGGAAAUUGGCGGUGACAAUUUGAGCUACGCCACGGCUCGAUGCGACAAUAUCACGGAUUUGAAGCGUUUUCGCGGCAGAAGUGAGCCAACGUGGUUGUUUUUGCGCAAUGGAAAAUCGGUUAACAUAAGCUUUGGCGCCAAUUGUCCACAAUUGCAAGAACUCAUGACUGCAGAACUUAAGAGGCUGGAACGGAACGAUCCACCGAUAUUCUCGCUUCCCGUGAGUCAGCAAAGCGACAAAGAGUACCAAAGAAUGAAGAACAUUCAAGAGGCCAUCGCAGCGAAAGAAGCGGCGAAAAACGCCGCCAUAGAGGCGAAAGCUCGGCGGAAGUACGAGGCAAAAAUGAGCCACUACUUGGCGGUUCUGGAUCGCGAGACCUACAUCGUGCUGUUCCCCUGGAUAUUCCAGGACGAGGAGGGCAAGAAGCGCGACAAAAAGCACAGCCCGCCGUACCUCGAGCUGAUCGAUCAGAUCCUUCCGGGCAGCUACUCGGUGGAGCAGGAGAUCCGACGCGACAUCGACGACGAGCUCAUCGCCGAGUUGAUCAAGGAGACGAACUGCAACAUCAGCGACGACACGCGACACCUCAUGAAGGACGGCAAGGCCAUGGUGCUGCGGCUCAAGUACACCGCCACGAGGCACGACGAGCUCGACUCGGUCACUUGCUUGAUCAAUCUGCUGUACAAAGAGACCGACGUACCCGAGACGACCUACGAGCUCGUCGAGGACUGUUACAUUCAGAGGCACGCGCCGCCUACGUUCGGCGAGUGCGGACAUCAGGACCUCGAGAGCAUGUCCACGAUACCGGAUAAAUUGUUCUGCCUCACCACGGCUUGGGUGCCACUGAACGCGAGAAACAAAGUUAUCGGCUUGCAAGCUCUCUUCACGAAAUACGUCAACUCAAACUUCCCGUAUCAAGAGGAGGAAGACGUGCCUGUGACGCUCUUCAAAUUUGACAGCACCAAGAGAAAAGAGCUGGCCCUCGCGUUGGAGGCCUAUCACAAAGACGUCGUGAAUUUCGCCGUCUUCGAGCGAGAUAAGCUGCCCCAUCCGAAAAUGCUGACGAAAAACAUCGAGCGAUUCGAGGAGGAGUUCGAGAAAACCAGUUACGAGGUUUUCGUCUGCGUUGUCAAAAAGUCUAGUCCGGAGUCUUUCCUCUCGUUCGCUGGUAUCGGACCUUAUCACGUCAGCGAGACUCAAGAGAAGGCCCUCGAGGAGGCGACCCAUUACUUCCCGGUCGAGUGCGAGCCCGGCGACGAAUGCGACGAAGGACUAUCGGAGGACGAGGGAGAGGAAGAAGGAAUGUUUGACGAUGAGGUUUAAUCGACAACAAUCAAGCACGUAA